AUGACCCCCGCCGAGCGCUCCGUCGCCGUCCUCCUCGCCGCCAAGCUCCAGCCCACCAGCCUCCUCGUCCAGGACGUCUCGGGCGGCUGCGGCAGCAUGUACGCCAUCCAGAUCGCCUCGCCCCUCUUCCGCGGCCACUCCCUCCUCAAGCAGCAGCGCAUGGUCAACGCCGCCCUCGGCGACCUCGUCAAGUCCUGGCACGGCCUGCAGAUCCGCACCUCGGUGCCCCCGGCCGACGACCCUUGA